AAACAAUUCCAUCUUAAUCUGCAAAUGGAAAUCGGAAUCAAGUCGGAGACGCGGAUUUAGCGGAUGGAUCCGUCUAUGGCAGCUUCUUCUCCCCGGGCAUCUUCCGCCAAGAGCACUACUACAUCUUGGUUUUCCGGCAUUGUUCGGGGCCGCUCAGGCAGCUCAAACAUGCCCAAUAGCGCAACCCCUUCCGUUCCCGCCGAUUCCUUUAAGGACUCUCCGAUUACAAAGAAAAAACAGUUCCGUGGAGUGAUGUUUAAGUACGGCCCUAAUCCAGUUCAGGUUGCUUUCAAGACUGGUGAGUAUAAACAACAAGUCAUUUUUAUAGGCGGACUAACUGAUGGAUUUUUGGCUACAGAAUAUUUGGAGCCUUUGGCUAUUGCUUUGGAUAGAGAGAAAUGGUCUCUAGUUCAAUUUCUUCUUUCCUCUUCGUAUAGUGGCUAUGGAACCUCAAGCUUGAAACAAGAUUCCACGGAGCUUGAUCAAUUGAUAAGUUACUUGAUAAAUAAGGAAGACUCUGAGGGUGUGGUACUUCUUGGACACAGUACUGGAUGUCAGGACAUUGUAUAUUACUUGCGCACCAAUGCCGCAUGUUCUAGAGCAGUUCGUGCUGCUAUUUUGCAGGCUCCAGUUAGUGAUCGUGAAUGCAGAGCAACUCUUCCUAACACUGCUUCUAUGAUUGAUUUGGCCUCAAAGAUGAUAAGUGAAGGUCGAGGUUUAGAAUUAAUGCCACGAGAAGCAAAUCCAGAUGCUCCUAUAACUGCAUAUAGAUAUCACUCACUUUGUGCCUACAAUGGUGAUGAUGAUUUGUUCAGUUCAGACCUCAACGAUGAUCAGCUGAAACAAAGACUUGGGCACAUGUGUAGCACUCCGUGUCAGGUGAUAUUUUCCAUGGGCGACGAAUAUGUUCCGGAUUAUGUUGACAAGAAAGCAUUAGUUGAUAGGUUGUGUAGAGCAAUGGGUGGUGCUGAAAAAGCUGAAAUUGAAUAUGGAAACCAUUCUUUAUCAAACCGAGUAGAAGAAGCUGUUCAAGCUAUAAUGAAUUUUGUUAAGAGAGAAGUUCCUAGCGGAUGGGACGACCCUUGGAGUUAACUGGUCACACUUCUUGCACCUUCCUUCCCUCAUCACUGAUACUUAAGUUAUUUAGAGGACUGGAUAACUAGUGCAUUUUCUUGUAGCUUUAUCUACUGUUUUAUCUCUGUACAUCAUCAUAAUUUACAGGUUUCUUGUUGACAUGUUUGUAGUACAGCCUUUUUUUUAACUCUUAUAUUUGGUUUGGGUCUUUCGUUUGAAAACCAUCAAAUAUGUUUGAAACCAGGCUGCACUAAUAAGUGACAACAACCCAG